AUUCCUUGUUAAGUCGAACGUUUUUAAAUGGUUUUUUACAGAAAACGCUGAUUUGCUCUACAAGUCAGGGCUUGGCGCAUUCACAGCAUCUGAACUUCUAACAGAAAAUCAUGACGACCGUGAAAGGCCUUCUUAAAGGUCUUCGCUACAUUACUCAGAUUUUCGAUGAAGAUAAAGACCAAGAUAUCCAGAUCGGGUUUCCCACCGAUGUAAAGCAUGUUGCGCACAUCGGAUCCGACGGUCCUGCAGCCAAUAUGCCAAGCUGGAUGGGUGACUUCAAACCUCAAGAGCAUGAGAAUGGUCAAGUUGUUUCCCGAGGAGAUGUGACCAACAAUCCAAUAGGGGAAGGAGUUGGAUUACAAGAGCUGUUGCCUCCUCCUGAGAAACAGAAGCACAAGAAGACAAGGCGUAAAUCCGAGACGACCUCACAAAACGGUUCUCCUCCCAGGAGAAGCAGCAACGCUUCAACGUCGGAUAUGCUACCAAAACAUUCGAGACGUCACAGCAGGAGUAGGCACGGGUCGAUGGACUCAUCGAAUGAUCCAUCAGUCAGGAGGAAGCGUGUUGUCUCGGUUAACGAGGCAGAAGGUUCUGAUCCUCUUUCAGAUAGUUCCACAAAGGUGAAAGGAUCAGAAGGAGGAGGAGAGGUAUCCAUGAAGAAGACGAAAGCAAAACCCGAGAGUUCUAUUGUUCAACCGGUCGAUGUAUGUAAUGAUGGUAAUACCAGUAACAAAGACUAAAAACAUAGAAUGGUUUUGGUGACCUGGGGCUGUGUUGAGUGUGUAUGUAUGUGAAUAGUCUAGUUUUUCUUGACCGAUCCAUAGAGAAAAACAUUUUAGUGUCACAAAGGCGAUGAUUACCACUAGAAAGGUUGUGAUGAAAUCAUA